AUGCUACCACGUCUGAUCUUUUUCCACCUGUUGGGGGCCUGGCUGCUGCUGAGUUUCUUCCCCGGAGAGCUCAGAGCCCAGGGGAUAGACGACAGACCGAUGAAGCUGUGCGGCCGCGAGUUCGUCCGGGCGGUGAUCUUCGUCUGCGGAGAGUCCCGCUGGAGGAGGUUUCCCAUGGUACAGAUGCCCCUACCGCAGGAGCAGGAGCCGGAGCAGAUGUUUGUCUCUCAGGACAACGAUGUGGAAAAUGGAAAGUUGGAUCCAGAGGUCAUUCCUGGUCGGAAGGAGGAGCAGAUUCCUCUGUCGAAACGAGGCUGGGAUUUGCUAAAGAAUAUGCUUAAUCCACAUGGUCACACUGAAGACUCCGCCCACAGAAUGGAAGAGUUCAUAAUAGGUUCUGAUGAAUCCAAGGAAGCUGUUGAGAAAAACAAAAGUGAAAUCAAAGCCACCAGUCCUUUGGAACAAUAUGACUUCAUGUUGGGGACACAUCUUCGGAAAAAGAGAGACAGGUCCACUUCAAUCGCGGAUCGUUGUUGUCACGAGUCUUGUACCAGAAAAGACAUUGCUAGAUUGUGCUGA